UGUCAUCAUUGUGCUGUGCAAAAGUGUUUGAAGCUGGCAGAGGCCUACAAGCUGACACAGGUACGGUUACUAAUGAAAAUGAUAGGAAAGGUUUGACAACACUCCCUGUGUUGUUGUGUGAUCAACCCCACAAAGGGUGCACUAAGAACUUCCUGGUAAAAGAAAAGAGUUUUCUGUUGCUUGCGCUGAAGAGGAAAAGAGACUCUUGAGUGACUUCCUUGUUUGAGCUGGCAGCACACAGACAGUGUUUCAAUACUAUGGCGCCCAUAACUGUGCCGAAACAAGAAUGUAAUUGUGCAACCACGAGUGUUCUUGAAGAAAUGAAGAAGAAUAUGUUGGAGAAGAACAUAUGAUCAUCUUCGGUCACCGGCUGGAGGUUAAGUAGCAACUAGAACUAAAAAUGAGCCACGAGGGAGAAGAAAAUCAGGGGACGGGACUAAGAGACGUCUAUGACUUACUAGUUAAAGCACCUCAGGAGCGACUGCUAAGUCUGACAUUCCAGCUGGGUGAGUCUCCUGAAGAUAAUAUCAUACACGCCUUAUGUCUGAUCAUUCUCCAGAGGGAGACGGAGGCCCUGAACAAACUCCAGGCGCUGAGAGACAACUACCUUGCUAGACAUUUGGCUGAAAAGUGGCAGAUGAGUGGAGAUAAAUCAGAGGAUUUUGGCAUUCAUUGUGGUAAUUUCCAAGAGUUUACAAAGGAAUCUUUGGCUGCGUUGGCUCGUAUUUUCAAAGUUUUGUCACAGCAGAGGCUUUGUGAUCCACUUCUGAGAGAUCUGGCAUAUAAGAGAGCUCUUUCCAGUGACGGCCAAAAAACAAGCAAUUGUAUCGAUCUGGAGUAUGAUCAACUCACAGAGGAAGCUAAAGACAUCUGCGGGCCUCAGUUUGUAGAGUGGAUGUGCUCCCCCACAGAUCUCAAAUCAGUGUCUCUCCGUGAUCUUUAUGAAAGCCUGGACGAAGGAAACACAACUUUAAAAGUUACUCUGAACCAGGAUCAGCCUCACAGAGCUCACAGCCUGCCCAGCCCACUACAGGUGAGCUCCUCAAUGCCCUCAUACCCAUCUCAUCUAGAGAUAAGUAUACCUCCAACAGCCUUAUUUCAAGACGACAAAACAACUCAGGAAAGACCAGAUGAAUCCAAACUUAACACCCCUGUCCUCCCUGUUAGUGAGUGUGAAGCAAAAAAUGCACCUGGUCAAUCUCAGACGUCUGAGGAGCCUCAGCUUAAAUCCAAUGAACCAAAAAAACUUCCAAGGACGGACGAAACAUUCCCCGCAGAGAACAUUAAGUUGGACAGUCUUACCUCUCCUACCAAAACUCAAAAACCAACCACUGAAACAAAUCUAGUACGACCUACUGCAACAAGCAUUGUUCUACCCAUGAUGCCUGCUUCAAAUGAAAGUCCAGAAGAAGAGGAUGAGGAGGAAGAGGAGAAGGAAGAGGCACAAUUUUACGCGUUUGUCAUCUUUCAUGCGCCAGAGGAUGCAGAUAUGGCCGAGAGCAUGAGAAUAACACUGGAAAGUGUUAUCGGUUGCGAAGGUGCAACUUUCUCUGAGGAUUUUGCCAUCCCUGGAAGGAGCACCCUGAGGUGUGUGGAGGAUGCCAUCAACAACACGGCCUUUACCCUAUUGCUUCUCACGUGCAACUUCAGCACUCGCAUGCAGAAUAUCGAAACGGAUGCUGCUCUUAUCAACUCCAUAAACAAGACACACAAAUACAAUACUGUUAUCCCUCUGCUGCCGCGGAAGAAUCGCAUGCCCAGACAGAGCAUGCCUACAUUGUUGCAGACACUAGUUCCACUCGAUGAGAGCAGGAGCUUUGAGAAAAAAAUAAAAGCAUCAUUGUCUCCCGCGAGGAUUAGAAAACAGAAGAGAAUCUGGAGUGAAGAGCAGACAGUGAAAAAGGAGAGAGAGAGACAGGAGAGACUAAAGCAAUUAUGCCAGCAUCAAAAGCAGCUGAUCAAAGAGUGUAAAGCAGCACGUUUGCUGGAGAAAGAGAACUUCAGGCUAAUGAAACAACAACAACAACUUCUCUGUCCCAAUGUGCCACCAGAACAGGACGGUGGUGACGGCAGGGCUCAGCAACAAAACCAACAGCCACGAAAUAUUCAUAUUGAACAUGCUCAGUACAUUAUGAUUGGUAAUGAGUCUCGUAUGACUGUGGGGUUGGGUGGAGGUGAAGACAAAGAUGAUUUAGAUGAGCAAUAGGUACAAAUAUGAUGACUUGUGGUUAGAAUACGAUGAUAUUUUCUGAGUCUAUUUGUAGGAAUUGCGAGAGAUAAUCAUUUCUGAACACUACAGUGUCAGUGUUGCUGCAAUCACUGCAGAUUGUUUAAACUUGUUGGAGAAAGACAACUCAAUAAAACUAUCAUAAGAGCAAUUAAGUGCCAUGCUAAUGAUUUUAAAGGACAACAUAAGGAGUCAAUGAACAGCAGCACAAGGCCUUUCAUUUGAAUGUUUAGCAGAAGAAGACUGCCAUCUACUGACUGAUAUGUGGUACACACUUCAUGAUCUUAAGAGCUGUAUGGACCAACUUUAGGCACUAGGGAGCAAUGCUGUUACACGCUCCUUAUUGCUGCUUAUUGCUGUUCAUUACUCUUCACAGCAUCUUUGGAGUGCAGUGUCAUCCAAUAGCACUGCUGUUCUGUGAUCUGAGAGCCAAGAGACAUUUACCUUUAGUGUUUUCCUUAUUGUUCCUAAUUGUUCACAUGGGUUUGUGCAAGUUUAUCACCUUGUUUAAGUGAAGUUUGGUGUAACAGUAACUGUAAACCUUCAGUUUUAGUGAUCUGAUCAUGUUUUGAGCAUCCUUGUCUGACCUCAACUUUUAUUUCCCAUCUCCCGUGACAACUUUUUUGUAAAUCGGUAGUGAUAUCCAGUGUAUCAGCAGACCGAUGGGCUGUUAAAGACAUGGUACAUUACUGGUUACCAAUAAAUUCAUUCAUUCAUUUUA